UUUUUUUUUUUAGAAGUACCACAAAAUCCAAUUUGAAUUCGUAAGUGUUAUGUACUGGGAUUUUAUUGAUCAUGAGAAUCAAUAGUAAUUCUCAAAUAAAAGGACUAAACGUUGUCUUAGUUCCUUACAGAGAUUAUCAUGUACCAAAAUAUCAUGACUGGAUGAAGUCUGAAGAGCUUCAAAAAUUGACAGCGUCUGAACCGCUUACUUUAGGAGAAGAAUAUGAAAUGCAGAAAUCAUGGAGAGAUGAUGAAGAUAAAUGCACUUUUAUUAUUUUAGACAAAAAAGUUUAUGUUGAAAAGAAAAAUAAAGUUGGUAAGGAAGAGAAUUAUUCAGAAUUAGAGUCAAUGAUUGGAGACACAAAUAUAUUUAUUGUCAAUAAAGACACUGCAACUGCAGAAAUAGAAAUAAUGAUAGCAGAAAAAUUGGCCCGGGGGAAAAAAUUUGGUUGGGAGGCAGUUAUUUUAAUGAUGUUAUAUGGUAUAAAAUAUAUUGGUAUAAAAAAGUAUGAAGCAAAAAUAUCUCUUGUGAAUAAUGUAAGUUUAAAUAUGUUUAAGAAACUGGGUUUUUUGGAACACUCGAAAAGUGAAGUGUUUCAAGAGGUAACAUUACAAAAAAAUGUAUCAGAAGACUGGACUAAAUGGUUGCACAGACAGUUUUAUUUUGAAAUACAAAGUUUAUAAAAAUAU